UUUCGAGCCAUCUCGUGGGCCAGCCGGGCCCGCUGUCGCCGAAAGCGUAUUAAUCGGGUGCCGCGUGCCUGCCACACACGCGUCGCGCAUUCCCAAGUGAGUGGUAAUUUCCCAAACAAUCUUGUGCGCGUGCAGGACAGACCCUCGAUAGCCUCUUAUACACCGGCAACGUCAACACGUCUGUGAGGUUUUCACCUUUUUUCCUACCCUGGGAUUUUCUCUUCAAACAACCGCUGUUCCACACUCACGCCGUUUUUGCCUGGAACCACCCGCUACCCCAAACACUCUUUUAAAGCAGCAUCUCUGACUGCCCUCAUCAGAACAAUCCCAGCCAUUUGCUGACUGCCCAUCUCCACAGUCUCCUACUAUGCUAUCCAGACAAGGCUCGGUGACCUCCUCGGUUUUCAAUGCACAAAUACACCCGCAACAAAUCGGGCCCUGGCGGCUAGGGAAAACGCUAGGCCGCGGCGCCACAGGGCGGGUUUUGCUUGGCGUGCACCAGACCACGGGCCAGAAGGCGGCCGUGAAAGUGGUGUCGAAACUGGACUUGAACGAAGACUACGAGCAGCCCCAGGACCGCAAGGGCGGGCUUCCCUACGGCAUCGAGCGGGAGAUCAUUAUCAUGAAGCUCUUGACCCACCCGAACGUGUUGCGUUUGUACGAUGUGUGGGAGACGUCCAAGGCAUUGUACUUGGUCUUGGAAUACGUCGAAGGCGGCGAGCUCUUCGACUUGUUGGUGGAAAGGGGCCCGUUGGAGGAGCAGGAGGCCGUCAAGUACUUCCGCCAGAUCAUCCUCGGCACCGCCUACUGCCACGCGUUGGGCAUCUGCCACCGCGACUUGAAGCCCGAGAACUUGCUUCUCGACAGCUCUCUCAAUGUGAAGCUUGCGGACUUUGGCAUGGCGGCAUUGGAGAGCAACGGCAAGUUGCUUGAGACGUCGUGCGGCUCGCCGCACUACGCAGCGCCCGAAAUCGUGUCUGGACUCAAGUACCACGGCGCCGCGUCCGACGUGUGGUCGUGCGGCGUCAUUCUCUUUGCCUUGUUGACCGGCCGCUUGCCCUUUGACGACGAGAACAUCCGCAACUUGUUGUUGAAGGUGCAGGCCGGCAACUUCGAGAUGCCGCUGGAAAUCAGCCCCGAGGCCCAGGACCUAAUUUGGAAAAUGCUCACCGUGGACCCUAUGGAGAGACUCACCACCUCGGACGUCUUGAGCCACCGCCUCCUUGCUAAGUACCCGUGCCCUAACGAAGACCUCAUCAGCGUCAAGUCCUUGCCGCACCCGAAGACCGCGUACAAAUCCUUGGGCUCCGUCAAGAACAUCGACCGGCAGAUCUUGGAGAACUUGUCCAUUUUGUGGAACCUGCGGCCCGAGCAAGAGAUCAUCCUGGCCCUUUUGAAAGAGGGCCCGACCCCCGAGAAGACCUUUUACGCGUUGCUCCUCAGGUACAGACACACGCAGGACGACGCCACGCUCAACCCCACCACGUCUGCGUCCCCCACCAAGAAUCUCCCUCGCUCCACCUCGGCGCUCUCCAACAGAGCCCCCAACACCCCAAGACGCGGCAAGAUGGGCCAAGUGAGCGCGUCAUCCUCGAGAAACAGGCCUGUCUCCUUCCAGCGUCGGUAUGGCGCUCGCAACUCCGUGCCCUCCCCUUCAAGAGACACCCGGUGGAACCAGCCUUCGCCCGCCAGGUCACCGCGGAAACGCAUGAGCUUCCAGCCCCAAGGCGGGCCUCCUCCCAGAGACAUCUACAAUGAAAUCAUGGCCGUUUCCGGGCCAAACGAAUCGUACACGUCGAUGCCGCCCACCUUGCCCUCGAAAGACACCAUUCACGCGGAUGCAGAGACACCAGCCACAGCUGCUGACAUUGGCAUCAGAGAGGAGAACAAAGGUACGCUAGAAGCUCUCAGCGCUGCUCCCUUCUUGAUACCGAACCAAUCGUCCACCACUAUGACCGGUGCAGGCAACAAGAGAAAUUCGAUCUUGAAGCAGUCUAACUCUAGAAUGAGCAGACGCAAAUCCAUCCGCCAAUCUUUAAACACUGGCAUGAAGCGGAACUCCAUCACCAUCAAGCUUCUUUCUACGUAUGCAAAGCUCUCGAACGAGACCGACUGGGAGUAUAUGGACAAGCAAACCAAGCGGACAUCUGCUACCUUCGGUAUGCUUUGUGACAAGAUCUUCAAUCACGAGGCGUAUGACGAGGAGGACGAGAAGUUGAUUGACGAGGAGGAAAAGAAAGCCAAGGAGUACGAGAAAUUGAUGGAGCUCGAACGGAAGAAGCACGAAGCAGAACUCAAGGCGCGCAAAGAGUUGGCCAAACAACAAAAAAGACAGAAGAGGCGGUCUUUGUUCUCUUCCUCUAAAAAGCUACACAUCACUGUAACUGAAGAUGGCCUGGGCCAAGAAGAGGCUCCUGCUGGUGCGUCAGACGUGCUUCCUGGAAAGAGAAAUUCGCAGCAACAAAAACAGGCCAAGUACAAUCAAGCCUUGAGAGCCCUUUCGGAGGGAGUUGGUGGGAAUGACGAUGAACUCAAGAAAUCUGACCUUGACGCAAUCAAAAAGCGUUCUGUCACGCAACCGAUUCCCAGAAGAAGACAAACACCAGUUUUAAGCAGGAGACCAGUUUCUCGGUUGGAUCCGCUAUGGCUUGCGCAUGAGAACGAGAAGCUCACCCGGGCACAGGAUGCCUUGAAAGCAGAGUUUCAGGACAUGGAAAAUAAGAGAAAGAACAGGAACCGGGAGUCGAUGGUGUCUUUUGGCUACAAAGACGACAAGCACCAAUAUCCCAAGGACUCUGAUUACGACAAUGCCUUCGAGCUUCCAGAACACAAGAAUGAAGACGCAGACUUGAGUGAGGAGUACUUAUCCGAAAUCAGAAAAUCCCGGCUUUUGAACUCGCAGCUCAACUUAAACGCUGCUUUGGAGGGCAACUUGAAUGAUUCAAGCGUGAAGCGCACCUCGAAGAUCGGCAGGCAUAAGGAAGAGGAAAGAAAGACGUUGAUUGGAUCUGUCAACAUCCCCAAGGUCACGAGAAAAUCAAGCAAUUUCACAAACUCAAAUAAGAGGUUGUCUUUGCUCAGUCUCAAGUCGACCAAAGAGUCUUACCAGGACUUAAACAGCUUUUUGGAUACGCACAAUGAAGACUUGGAGGACGACGAGCUUAAUGAAGAGGAACAACUUUCCAAGGCCAUGCCUGGCUUGAGAACCAGCUUUGCCGACCGUUUGGAUCACGCAGGCUCAACCAUGAACGAUUUAGGAGACGACGACGAGCCUUUGGACUCUAAUUCCGUCAUUGAUCUUGACGAGCAUUUGGCUAACAAGAGAACAUCUUACUAUGCUGGUCCCGGCAACAAUAUGGGUCAUAGGAAAUCUGUGGCCAGUGCCAAAAGUGCGAAGGAUUCUCAGAGGCGAAGGAGUGGUGUCAGCCAGAAGGAGAAGGAAGCUGACUACACUUUUGCAGAGGAUGACACGAGACCUAAAUCCAAUGCUGACGAGGUUUUCGAAAGUAUCAAGUUGCCGGAGAGCAAGAAACCACUUUCCCAGGGUGCCAGAACCAACAAGCCGGUGAGAGCUGCUCAGCCAAGCCCAUCGACUAUGCUUCUUCCUGACUUGAAGGCUCCUGAGAAGCCCACAGCUGUAUCAAAGGGAAAGAAGUAUGGCGAGCUUGCAGAAAAACGAGAAACCAAACCAAGCGUUCCCGCGCAUGGUAGUGUUCCGCUCAUGGACUCCACGAACUUAAAGCCAAAAACCGAGGAUGUGCCGCAAAAGAGAAACCGCUCGAUUUUCAGAAAGUUAUCUUGGGGCACAAAGAAACUGUUGGAUGAAGAACCCAAACAACUACCAUCGCCAGCGAACUCGAGCGGUAGCACAGUUAACGAACCGAAAGGAGGCCUUUUCCUGCGGUUGUUUAGUUCCUCGGAUCACAGCCAGCUUGAGGUCCAUACAUACAAGACGAUUUUACCCAAACAAGAGAUGAUGUCGGCUUUGUUCUCACUUCUAAACUCGUGGACCAAUUUCGGACUAAAAGACUUGAGAAGGGACAACCACGGGAACAAUAUCCUUGGGUCUGUUUCAAAAAGAAACUCUUUUAAUUUCAAGAGCUGCAAGUUCAGAAUCCAGAUUGCACAGAGAGAGAUGAACCAGAAAUCAGAGGUUAUUUGUGUUCACACAAAGGGGGCCGCGGCUACAUCCAAGCUCUUGUUCCAAGAAAUAAAACGGGUCUUGGAGAAAGAGGGAGUCAUGGACGAGUAG